AUGGCAAUUUGUCUUGAUUGUUGGAAAUUGAUUCAAGUUAAUGAUGUGAAACCAAAGAAAGUAUAUGCUUCUGCUAUUUACAGAUAUAUCGAAAAGAUUGAACCUGCAGAUUUGAUGAAGUAUCAUUGGGAUCAUGAAUGUAAUAAUCCAAAAUCUCAAGAUGGAUAUGCUCGAAUCAUACAAACUGCUUAUCGCCGAUUCAAAGAAAGAGUACCAUCAAAUGCACGUCUUGCUUGGUUAAGUUUACCAAAUGAUAAUAUUCCAGAUGAUAAGAAAUUUCUAGGUUCAACUAGUCGUAAAGUGAAAAAUCCUCAAACUCGAGAUCAAUUCAAUCAGUGGAAAGCUGAGAAAAUUGCUAUGUAUAAAAAAUAUAAUAACCCACAAAUGCUUAGUUUCUUUUAUAAUAGUAAAUAUGAAGAAUAUUAUAUUCCAUACGAUUGGAUAGUUAGAAAGAAAAACCAAUUACGAGAUAGAUUUAGUAAGCGUCUCCAACAAUUAGAAGU